AUGACUUCGACACAACUACAUACAGUACCUGUUAUUCCGGACGGUUUACGUCGUGUGGAACUAAUUAAACAAUUUGCUGAUACUUUUGAUUAUUUGGAUUCUAUAUCACAAGACAUAUUUAAUCGUAUAUCUAGUCGUCUUAAUGUUUAUCGUGCAGAAGUAAAUCAAUUCGAUAAACAGAUUCAACAUUCAGAUGAACAUAUUAAUCAUAUAAAAGGUUCGAAAUAUCCUAUUCAAGUCCAUUCAAGUGCACGUUAUCCAAUUGAACAAAAUCGUUCAACAUUUAAAUCAAUAUUUGAAUGUGAUACAGAUAAUAAACCAUCUGUAUUUCAUUAUGAUUUAUUUCAUUCAAAUGAAUCAGAUGAUAAAUAUAUAAAUUCAAAAUCAAAUGAUGAUACAUUAAUUGUUUUAAAACAAUAUGAAGAAAAUUUUCUGCAAAAAACCAGAACAACUAAUUUAAAUGGUUUUGGAAGAUUGCCAACGAAUAUUAAAUCGGUUAUUUCAUUGCUUAAACAUAAUACAAAAGAAAAUCCUUAUAUACAAUCAAGAAAAACCGAUUCAUUAAAUACUGCUACUCGAAUGCGUAAACAAGUUGAUGGAUCGAUUCAAACACAUAACAGUUUUAUUGAAAAUCCAUCACCUCUAUUUUAUGAACAAAUGUUUGAACGUUCAGCCAUGGCUGAUAUCAAUUACAAUCCCACGUUAGGACUUGUACCUGAAUUGUCUUUACCUGAUAAUUUACCUGAACUGGACAAUUAUGCGACUUUUGUUGAUAAUACUGUCAUCGAUCGAACAAAACAACAAAUGACUUCUAUUGCACCUUCAUUUUCUGAUUUAAUACUACCAGAUAUUAAUGAUUUAACAUCAACUGCCAUAACAGCUCCUCCAGUUAAAUCUCCAGAACCAACAGUAUCUACUUUACCACCAGUCGAUAUACCAGAAAUCAUUCCUGUUACUCCUGCUUCAAUCUCUAUUCCUGCUCCACUUCCUUCACCGGCACCAGUACUUACCCCACCAUUAUUGCCUACAGCUCCUUCAAUAUCAACACCGCUAACAGUUGUUGAAGAACCACAAGCAGCAACUAUUAAUACAGUAGAUGGUAGUGAUGAUCCCUUUCUUAUACAGAUACAUAAUUUUUCGGAAACAAAUAAACUUAAACCUGUUACAAAGUCCAAUGCAGCCGACAAAGUACCAUCAGCAACUCCAAAUAUUAUGCACGAAAUAGGAAUAGUGAAACGACGUCCAUUUAUUGCACCAAAACAAGAAGAUGAUUCGGAUGAUUCAGAUGAUUGGAAUGAUAAUUUUUAUUGA